AUGAGGAGCAGGCAUGAGCUGCCGCAGCUGCCCCCAAGCGAGGCCCUUCUGGGACUCCUGCUCGUGUUGCUGCUGGGGCCGCAUGUCUUAGCCGUGUGCCCCUCCAUGUGCUCCUGCGGCCGUAGCCACAGGGAGGUCGACUGCUCGUGGAGGGGCCUGAGACAGCUUCCCGACGGCCUGCAGCACAACGCGCGCUCCCUCAACUUGUCCCACAACCGACUUCACAACCUGGACGGCCAGCUCACCGCGUACACCCACCUCCGCCUCCUGGACUUGUCUCACAACCGGCUGAGCCGCCUGCCCGCCGGCUUGCCUCGCUCCCUCUGGCAGCUGCACGCCGCUUCCAACCACCUCCAGCUGCUGGACAAGAACGACACGGUCCACCAGUGGAACCUGCGGCUGCUUGACCUCUCCGACAACAAGCUGGAGCGGGCCAUCUUCAUCAACAACACGCUGACCAACCUGCGCACGCUCAACCUGAGCCACAAUCACUUCUGGACUUUGCCCACCAACAUGCCCGUGCACCUGGAGAACAUCGACCUGUCCCACAACUUGCUCGUGAAGGUGCUGUCGGGAUCUCUGGACCAGCUCCUCCAACUAUCUCACUUCUAUCUGCAUGCCAACCGCUUAUCCACCCUGCCAUUUGGAGUUUUUGACAAGAUGUCAUCUCUUAGGGUCAUCACUCUGGGCGACAACCCAUGGGCCUGUCACCUUUAUGCCGACAUCACCUACUUACUGUCCUGGACACAGCAUACGCCUGCCCGCGUCCUGGGCUGCCCCUGCCACACUCAGCCUGUCUGUGGAGGGGUGCGCCCUGGCAAGACUGGAGGGUGGCACUUUGGCUCCUACAAUCUGCCCCCCCUUGCAGCGAGUGCCCAGGAUCAGAGCUCCAUGGCCCCUGAGGCCAGCGUCACCGGCUGGUGGCACUUUUCUGGUUCUGGCCUGCAGAGCACCCCGCACCCCUCCGAAGAGGCCUCGACCACGCAGCACCAACCCAUCGGCACCUCCACCCCGCGACCCAGAAACACGGGCACACGGCUAACUAUGAACCCCCUCUCUGCAGACCACAUGCUCCGCACUGAUUCCGCUGACUCACUCCACGCCAGCGUGGCGUCCUCUUUUCCUGCCACGAGCUUCGUUGCUGAAACGCCCAUCAGGGCUGACAUGACGCUGGUCACAGACCAGUUCUUUACAACGGAGAGCCCCUCCAUCCAGACAAGGAAGACAACCACUCUUCGCACCAGGAGCGUGAGGAGGAAGAAUCAGUCGGUUCCCAGCGGCAUCAGCAACUGCGGCCCGGCUCCCGCGACCCGCUCCUCGCACCUAUUCCUACACAACCUGGGUCUUCUGUCCCUCGUUCUGCAACGAGUCCUGUGAAAGACAAAGACACCUGUGAAUUUCCAGCAAAAACAAAGUACUUUCGUGUUUGUAUGUGACCUACUUUUCAAGCACAAAGGCCAUUUAAAAUACAAAGUUUAACAAAUGCUAUUUCUCAGUGUGUUAUGAUGCUACUUUUAUAAUAAUUGGCCCAAAAAACAACAACAAGGAAGUACCUUUUCUAACAACACUUUUUACAAGCCUCCUCUCAAAUAAAAAAUAAAAAAGUGCAUUGUAAUGAAUAUAGCUAAGCACAUGAUGGCACUAUACAUCCAGGUACCAGUUUCUUAUGUAACUGAAUGUAGCCUCCUGCUCAUCUGCAACUACAGUGUACCCAUUUAAUGCCAGUCCAGGACACAUUAUGACCGAAAAAAUAUUGUGCAUCUUUUAUUUGUUGCUUUAGUCUUACUGUGGUCAUAUCUUUUUAUUUUAUUUUUUAUUUAUUGCAUUGGGUUAGGUCAGAGGAGUGGUCCUUUCUGGGCACAGGGUCCAUGACAAGCAAGUGGUCAUGCCACGUGCAUCACGGGGACCAACUGUGGAGCGAAGGGGUUCCAUAGGCGGACAAACGGACAAUGUUGCAUCGCUAUCUUUAACGAACUCUGAGCGCCGAGUAUACCGCUUCUGUAUUUCUAUCACAUCUCAAACUUAAGUGUCCUUCAU